GGAGAUCGCAAAGCUACCGUUUUCUGUUCACUCUGUACAACACACUUGUCUCCUUCUUCCUCUCUUCUCUUCUCUCUCUCUCCAUUUCAAAAAAAGUGGAAACUUUUCUUCUCUCUCUCUAGAAGAAAACCAGAGAUUCUCUCUUUCUCUACACCAAACUCCUGAAAAAAAUCUCCAGCUUCAUCUUCCAUAGUCCAAUCUUACUCUGUUCGUUGUACUCUCUCUGUCAUUGUCCUCUAAGAGAGAUUGAAAACCCUACGAGAUUUUGAAUUUCGUAAAACCCUAAACUACUAAAAUGAAAAACCCAGAAAAACCCAUCUUCUUCUUCUUCGUCUCUCUAAUUCUAGCUUCGACUCUCGUCUUCACAGCGACAGCGAAAUCAACAAUCGAGCCUUGCUCAAGCAACGACACUUGCAACUCUUUACUCGGCUACACGCUCUACACCGACCUCAAAGUCUCAGAAGUCGCAUCUCUCUUCCAAGUAGACCCAAUCUCAGUCCUUUUAGCUAACGCCAUCGAUAUCUCUUACCCAGACGUCGAAAACCAUAUCCUUCCUUCAAAGCUCUUCCUCAAAAUCCCAAUCACUUGCUCCUGCGUCGACGGAAUCAGGAAAUCUGUCUCUACCCAUUACAAAACCCGACCUUCCGACAAUCUAGGAUCGAUUGCUGACUCUGUUUACGGAGGUUUGGUCUCUGCUGAGCAGAUCCAGGAAGCUAACUCGGUGAAUGACCCGUCGUUGCUUGAUGUUGGGACGAGUCUUGUUAUCCCCUUGCCUUGCGCUUGUUUCAAUGGCACCGACAAUUCUUUGCCGGCGGUUUAUAUGUCGUAUGUUGUGAGGGAGAUUGAUACAUUGGUCGGAAUUGCGAGGAGGUAUUCGACUACUAUUACUGAUUUGAUGAAUGUGAAUGCUAUGGGAGCUCCUGAUGUUAGUUCUGGAGAUAUUCUCGCUGUUCCUUUGUCAGCUUGUGCUUCAAAGUUCCCCAGAUAUGCAUCGGAUUUCGGAUUGAUUGUUCCAAAUGGUAGCUACGCUUUAGCUGCAGGCCACUGUGUGCAAUGCAGCUGUGCGCUUGGGAGCCGCAAUUUGUAUUGUGAGCCUGCUUCUCUAGCCGUCUCUUGCUCAAGUAUGCAGUGUAGAAACAGCAACCUCAUGCUUGGUAACAUCACGGUGCAGCAGAGUAGCGCUGGCUGUAAUGUUACAACUUGUGAUUACAAUGGUAUUGCCAACGGCACUAUAUUGACCUUGCUGACCAGGUCUCUUCAACCCCGAUGUCCCGGACCUCAACAAUUUGCGCCGCUUCUAGCUCCACCGGAUACUGUUCCUAAGGAUGUAAUGUAUGCACCAGCACCUUCACCAGAUUUUGAUGGUCCAGGAUCCAUAGCAUCUUCACCAAGAUCAUCUGUGCUUCCUUCAGGCGGUGAUUCCGUCCCAGGUAACCCCGCUAAUGGUCCAGCCGGUAGCAUCUCAAUCGCUUCUGCCUCCUCAGUUAGCUACUUCUUUAUCACAUUUCUCAUCUCCAUUGCUUCUUUUUCCCUUGAUUUGUCAUCUUGAUUCAACAACAAUUGUUUAUUUUCCGCGCAUUGGAAACUCCUAUGUGAAAUUCUUGAUGAGUAAAACCAAAACAUUGGUUAUUGAUCUCUUUGAUAAUA